GGGCGGAGUUAACGCGAUGCCAAACUCACGUUGCACGAAUGUGUCAAGCGAUUCGGAAUGGAUGACGUUUUCUCUGGGGAAACUUAAAAGCAUUUAAUGUUUUGAUUCUAUCCGGGACGUCGUUUUGUGGAAUUGUUGUAUUUUGAAGCUCAGAUCGAAUUGGACCGAAAAAGUGCAUCCAGGAUUUAUCACCAACUGACUGAAGACACCACAUGGAACUUAUUCCACUCUCUGAACACAUGAAGACCCCCGAGUGCAACUCUAUCUGGACAAAAUACCAUUAAUGUGCGAUCAAAGUGCGGUGAUGCCAGGGGGUGACAGUGGUCUGGAUGGAGAGAAGUCUGCUUUUCUGUCAACCACAUCAGAGGGUUUAGGGGAGGAGAAUGAAGCAUCAGUGGACCAGGAUGGGCGGGCUCAUCCUGAGCACCUCAGGGGAGAGGAGAGUGGAGCCUCGGGAGGAGAACUGGGGCAGGAAGACGAGGAGAUGACGAGUGGUUCUCAUGAUCUAUCCUCUUCUGCCAAUCACAGCCCUGGAAGUGCUGCAGGAUCCACUGUGGCUUCUUCAAAGAGUGAGCAUGCAGAUGGAGACAAAGGGCAAGCCCACCGAGAGGUGAUGGUGACGGUGGCUGAGAUGAAGAAGAGGCUUCCGGUGGACAAACGCAGCCGCAUCAAAGUCAGCACUGUGGAAGCCUUGCAUUAUGCACUCAACUGUGUCAAGCAAGUACAAGCUAACAGUGAAUACUACAAACUACUCAUGCGAAAUGGACAGGAUGACCAGAAGGAUGCCACACUCUGCACUCUGGAAGAGCUGGAAAGAGUCACCUCUGAGCACACCCUCAAAAACACGGAUUCCUUCAUCGUGGUGUUCUCGCUGUCCAGUGGCCACGUGCUUUAUGCAUCAGAGCAGGCUCCCAGCAUCCUGUGCUGCAAGAGGAAGUUUCUGGAAUCUGCCAAGUUUGUGGAGCUGCUCUUCCACCAGGAUGUGAAUGUUUUCUACUCGCACACGGCGCAGCCACAUUUGCCCCCAUGGAGCAACUCACACACUGCUGGAGUUCUGUUUGACUGUGCUCAAGUCAAGUCCUUCUUUUGCAGAAUAAGAGGCGGGAAGGACCGUGAGGGCGAGAUGCGUUACAAUCCGUUUCGGGUCACACCUUACCAGCUGAAGGUGCAGGGAGCAGCAAACGGCGGGGAAGACGAGGAGCCAUGUUGCUUGGCGCUAGCUGAGCGCAUCAUCUCUGGAUAUGAAGCGCCUCGAAUCCCAAUGGACAAACGCAUUUUCACUACAACACACUCCCCUGGCUGCGUAUUCUUGGAAGUGGAUGAAAGGGCUGUGCCGCUGCUUGGGUACCUUCCUCAGGAUCUGAUUGGCACAUCUUUGCUGACUUCCAUCCACCCAGAGGACCGUCCCCUCAUGCUGUCCAUGCACAGGAAAGUUCUAAAGUAUGCUGGCCAGCAUCCCUUUGAGCACUCCCCGGUCCGGAUGCGUUGUCAGAAUGGAGACUACAUCACCUUGGACACUAGCUGGUCCAGUUUUAUUAACCCAUGGAGCCGCAAGGUUGCCUUUAUUAUCGGACGCCACAAAGUCCGGACGAGUCCUGUGAACGAGGAUGUUUUUGCUGCUCAGACAAAGAAUGAAGUUCCAGUUUCUCAUGAAGAGAUAAAAGACCUUCAAGCAAAGAUCUACAAGCUUUUCCUUCAGCCGGUUCACAACAAUGGCUCCAGCGGUUAUGGUAGUUUGGGCAGUAACGGUUCUCAUGAGCACUACAUCAGCGUUGCUUCCUCAAGCGACAGCAACGGCAACCUUUGGGAGGACUCGCACCAGCAGCCGAUGACCUUGCUGCAAAUCUGUGCCGAUGUAAACCGAGUCAAAAGUUGGGGCCAGCAUGCCUACAGGGAUUCCUGUCAGAAAGUGGCUCAUCGUGGCAAACUUGCCACAGCCGCACAGCCUCCCUCAGCCUCUAACCCUAAGGGCAGAAAUAACGGCGAGAGCAGGAAGCCAACCCACAUUCCCUCUUAUCAGCAAAUCAACUGCGUGGACAACAUCUUUAGAUAUUUGGAGGGCUGUACAACUUCAGUCCUAAAGCGGAAGAGUGACUCUCAUUCCUUGGCCACCUCCUCUUCCUCAUCAUCUACCUCAGAAGAUGACAAGCCCCUGGGAGGCACUGACAAAUCUCAGUCCAGCUCCCACGUGGUUGUGUUGGACAGUGAGGUGUCAGUGGGCCCUGCAACUGCAGCUGUUGUCGGGGCACCUCUGACAGACAUCACCAUGUCCACUAAGGCGAUGAGUGAUGUCUCAGUCACUAGCCAAUGUUCAUACAGCAGCACCAUCGUCCAUGUGCCUCAGCCUGAGUCAGAAGCCACAGCACUGGAAGAUGCUCCAAUGGGCAGCGAGCCUGCUGAUGCUGCCGCAACCCCUGUCCGUCCGGCACCGAGCCCCGCCGCUGAGGAGCGGAGGUUUUUAGGGCUCACCAAAGAGGUCCUGUCUGCUCACACUCAGAAGGAGGAGCAAGAUUAUGUGGACCGGUUCCGCCAUCGCAUCCUUCAGAGUCCUUACAGCGCGUACCUGCAGGGGGACAACAGUUCAAUGGCUCAGUCCCACCAGCCAGAAGGAUAUCUGCGUCCACUCAGUGCUGGAGGUUGGAAUCGUUCUCUAAGAGGAAAGCCCAGACACAAGCGACCCAAAGCCCAGGGUUCUUCAGGAAGCCCUGCUUCCCAUGCUUCUCCGCCUCGUCGUGCUCCCGACUCUUCCUGGCCCUCGUCCGAGUCCACACAGCCCCAGAUGGGUGUGGCCAACAGCCAAACAUCCCCACCCCAGUUGCCAUACCUUUCUGAGGAGCUGCACAGAUCACAGCAGCCGCCAGGAGCGACUCCUGUCAUGUCUGCUGGCCAGUUCAGCUACAACUAUAACAUCAUGCAGUCUGCUCAGAGCCAAGCAGGUAUCCAACCCGUCCAGAUGGUGCCUCUUCAGAACCUGCAGAAUGUUCAGAACUUUGACAACCUGCAGUCAGCCCAAAACUUUAAUCCGUACAUGGCUCCUGUCAUGGCAGUCAUUCUGCCCAACUAUCCAACCAUCACUCCAGGUUUCCCCCCAAUGUACCUGCCUGCCAAUCCCACUGCAAUACCCCAAGCAUCUGUGGGCAUGGCAGGCUUUGUUCCUGGCGGUGCUCCUUUAUCUUUUACUACAAGUUUCCAGCCUCAGCCUUGCCCCAAUGCACAGACCUCCCCCAGAUCUUUUAUUUGCUCACCGAGAGCUUGCUCCUCCGCUGGAGAAGAGGAGGAGGCAGCUGGGCAUCCGGCUUUAUUCUCCAGCUCUCGCUCAAGCUCCCCUUUACAGCUUAACCUGCUGCAGGAGGAGCUUCCCAAACAAAGUGAGGGCCAGAGCAGCACUGGACUCAACCACUCUGAAAGCCUCCAUGAAAAUCCCAAUGAGGCUGAUGCUCCCAGUGAGUCUGGAAACCAGGAUUCCCAGUCAACAUCCAGUGAGUUGCUUGACCUCCUGCUUCAGGAGGAUGCCAGGUCAGGAACUGGUUCCAAUGCCUCUGGCUCUGGUUCAGGGGAGUCUGGUGGAUCACUGGGAUCUGGAUCAGGCUCCAAUGGAACCUCCACCUCACACACUGGCAGCACCAACAGCAGCAAGUACUUUGCCAGCAACGAUUCAUCAGAGACGUCACGGAAAGCUCGCAAGAGCCAGGAAACGCCGCCAGAGCACCAACACAGCUUCGACACCCCAGUGGAGAACCCCCUGUGGAGCAUGAUCCAAAACACACCGGAGCGAGUCAUGAUGACGUACCAGAUACGCAGCAGGGAUCAGAGUCUGGUUUUAGCAGAAGACAAAGAAAAGCUUCGAGUGCUUCAGCCUCUCCAGCCCUGGUUUAGUCAGGAGCAGAAAGAGGAGCUGGCAGACGUCCAUCCAUGGAUGCAGCGUCACACCAUUCCUCAGGAAAUAGACAUGCAGGGUUGUGUGGACUGCAGCUCAGGUGCAGGUUUGGACCACUCCCCACACCCGCCUGACCCAGACAGUUCCUCACCUGUGGAAAGCUCUGAGCAAGAUUCCAUCCGACCCGUGGAUGGGAGCUAAGAACUCAGGACCUUAACAAAGCUCACAGUGGAACAGCCUUUCAACCUCUUUCCUGAAGAGUCCGGUGGAGUCGAUCCCUGCACUUUACACAAACAUUUCACCCGUUUUGUAAAGGAAACAGAGUCUGGGCCGGCCUAAGGAAGCAGAGAAAUGUGCAUGUUUCCGGCGUUUUCUCUUAGCCCAGUGUGGCUGUCUUUACUUAUUAUACCUCUUGAUAAUGAAGCCACUGAAGGCGUUUCUGUCAUUUAUAUUUAUGAUUCUAGAUCCUUUGGCACGAUGAGCCAGCUUUUAAUUUUUUUUAAAUCUGAAGUAUCCCUCAGUUGCUGCCCUUUAACGUGAGCACUGUGUAGUCACCUGUACUGUGAGGGCAGUACUGUUCUAACUGGCUGAGAGGACAAAGUGGCCCAGUUGAGCUCCAGAACACUUGCAGGACUCAUCUGUACUAAUGUGGAGCACAGGUUGCACAGUAUUUCUACAGUAUCCACUUCUUCGACAACAACAGUAGUAACCUGCCAUGACUGGCAUAAGAUGGACUUACUGGUGUCAGACGGGACAUUAAGGACAAAGACAUUUGCUGCUUUGUUGCUUUUUAUGCUCAGAUUUAGGUCGUUUUUGGAGUGUACCACUCUAAUGUUCCUUAACUUGGAUUCCUCUUGUGCAUAGCUUUCUUCUAAGUAUUUUUUUUUUCUCAGAAGUUGAUCAUUUCCAAAUCCAACCCUCUGUGCAGAACCUUCUUUCAGCAUCCAGAAUCCUGCUUGGCUUUCAAAUUUUCAGUAGCUGUGAACACACAACUCCUCUUAGACCCUUUAGCUCUGUGGCCGGUUGUAUAUAUGUACUGAUUUGAAAGACCAUCUCCUGGAUUCCCGGUCCUGUUUAGUCCUCUGUAUGUUUUACUCCGACAAACGUGGGAUUAUCCGGCUUCUGUGGAGUCUGGUUGGGGAUUAAAUUAGGUGCAUUCAAAGGGGAAACGAGUAAUUAAUGCAGGGCAGAACACAAAAGUGACCCCUGUGUGUGAUCACGUGACUGCCACUCUUCUUUGUACUGGAGUCAGACUGCAGGUUAGUGUGUGAGUGAAUGAGUGUUCUUCCUUCCUUCAAUACACGGAUGGAACAGUGGAAGACCGACCAACUUUUCUAUCAUUUUAGAGUGGCAGUAUAUUAAUGUACUGUGUAUUUUGUAGAAAACCUACACAAAGUUCACAAAUUGUACAAAAAGCCAUUUGUUUUGAAUUCAGGGAAUGUUUGUGACAAUGAAAUGAAUAAAAAGAUGGACUUAA